AGAAAGCAGCGCGAUAACUAUCUCUUUCUCCUCCUUAUGUGUCAAAUGCACAUUGGCUCGGCUCAGGAGAAAGUAACUAGCUAAUACUGAUCCUUCCCUGAACAUAACCAUACAUUUUCUCUCUAGGUUGCAUGCUGGUGACCAAUUUCUUCCACCAUCAUCUGUGGGAAAGGAAGCCGCAGCCUCUUACUACUCUUCCCCAGCAGUGAGCAGUGGCUGCCCCGACUCCACAGCGUCAACACAUCCGCUGGAGAUUAAAAAAAAAUGUCUGACGAAGAACCAAACAUGUUGACAGGGAGGAAAACAGCGUUAAGUGAAAACACACUCUUUGGGAUGGGAAAUCCCUUGCUUGACAUUUCAGCUGUUGUGGACAAAGAUUUCCUUGACAAGUUCGGACUGGAGCCUAAUAACCAGAUCCUCGCUGAAGACAAACACAAAGCUUUGUUUGAAGAAAUUGUCAAGAGGAACAAAGUUGAAUACCAUGCUGGUGGUUCGACCCAGAACUCAGUGAAAAUUGCUCAGUGGAUGAUCCAGAAACCCCAUAAGGUGGCUACCUUCUUCGGGUGCAUCGGUACCGACCACUUUGGGGAGAUCCUGAAGAAGAAGGCUGAAGAAGCCCAUGUUGACGCACAUUACUAUGAACAAAACGAGGAGCCGACCGGUACCUGUGCAGCCUGUAUCACCGGGGACAAUAGGUCCCUUGUUGCUAACCUGGCAGCGGCAAACUGCUACAAAAAGGAAAAACACCUGGACUUGGACAGCAACUGGGAGCUGGUGAAGAAAGCCAAGGUCUAUUAUAUUGCGGGUUUUUUCCUGACUGUGUCCCCCGAGUCAAUCCUGAAGGUGGCGAAGCACGCUUCAGAUAACAACAAAAUCUUCUCCAUGAACCUCUCAGCACCUUUCAUCAGCCAGUUCUUUAAAGAGCCCUUGAUGAAGGUCAUGCCUUACGUCGACAUCUUGUUUGGCAACGAGACGGAGGCGGCUACAUUUGCCAAAGAGCUGGGCUUUGAGACAGAUGACAUUGCGGAGAUUGCAAAGAAGACCCAAAACCUCCCCAAGGAGAACACAAAGAGGCAGCGAGUGGUGGUCUUCACCCAGGGCAAGGACGACACUGUUGCAACUGUUGGUGAGAGGGUGACCAUGUUCCCCGUUUUGGACAUUGACCAGAGCAAUAUUGUGGACACUAACGGAGCGGGAGACGCCUUUGUGGGAGGAUUCCUCUCUGCGUUGGUCCAAGAGCACGCCUUGGAGGAGUGUAUCCGGGCCGGACACUACGCCGCCAACGUCAUCAUCAGACGGGUCGGAUGCACCUUCCCAGAGAAGCCAGACUUUCACUGAUGCACCCAAGCACUGCACAUGUGUCUUCUCCACAAGAUACUUGUAUAUGUAUGCUUCAGGAUAUUCUGUACAUUUUUUUCUAUUUACAGUAACUGCUUGCAUGGGACUAAGUGCUGCAGCUUGAAUAUUUUAUCGAGCUCGAAUAAGCAACUCAGAUGUUUUAAUACAACUCAAAUGAUGUACUAGUAUAAAAUAUUGGAAUGAUAUGGUUAUGUUUAAAGGAGCAUUCCACAGAAAAUCUGUCUUUUCAGCAUCAUGAAUGCCUGUUGGCCUGAAAGGUCGAAAUGUAUCACCACAUGUGUAGAAACUUCACCAUUGAUUCAUAUUAUGUUCUGUAUGUUUCAAACACUCAGGAUCUCCACAACAGAGCCAAACACUAGUUCUGUGCCCCAGUAUCACCUCUUCAUUGCUCUGAAGCUUUGCUGGAAGUAGUACUUAGUCAUUUAUUUGCAAAGUGACGAUAGUUUGGAUCACACUGAAGUGGUGGAGAAGUACAUUAUCCUGCAGGGUAGGUUUGAAAAGUUUAUUGUUUGCUCCUUCAUGAAGGACGGCAGCUUGUAAUCGGCUUCGAUUCACAGACUUUACAGUCGAUUCUAAUGUUGACCCAGAGUCAUGGCCCAAAAACACUUCAUAACGUCUAUAGAAACUUCUCAAAGCAUUCCUGCUGCAUAAUCCACUUCUCCGCUGUUGAUCUGCAUGCUGAAUAUUUUCCAAACAGUUAUUGCUUUGCCAAUAAAUUGCUAAUUACACUGCUUCCACUGGAGCUUCUGAGCUAUGAGCUGGCAGUGGUGUGACACAGAAGUGGUGUAUUUAGUAGUGUAAACUACGAGUGCCAUUUUUUCACGAAGCAGCAAGCUACAAACUUUUCAGAGCCUUCUUUCAUACCUGCAGGGGGUGAGUGUUGUGAUACUAUAAAAUAUAGUACAUUUUCAGCUGAGUGUUCCUUUAAUAUUCAGCUGCCAUGCUGCAGAAUUUAUGGAUGGAGAGCCGUUAUGGGUGGCUUUCCAUUUCCAAAAGUGGCAGUUUUAAGGGGACAAAGCUGGAAAGAAUGUUUUUUGUUAGUACACAAAUAAAACAAUAUCAAACUCA